AUGGACGAUACCAUGAAUACAAUCCCCCAAACCUGGUGUUUUAUACUGAGAUACGAGAGACUUGAACUCAUGCUAGCCUGCAUGAAGGAAAUAACAACGCCCUUCAUCUCACAGUCAUGUCUUAACCUUCUCCGGAUUGACCUCAAUCAUCUAGACAUGACUUCUGGCAAAACAUCCUCUUCUGUUACGCGGUAUUUCAUGCCACGGACAGACACUCCCAGGAUAGAGAAGAUACGUCCAGAUCCGAGCUGGGAUUGGUUUCUAUCUCAAAAAGGCAACUAUGGCAGAGGAGCGCACAGUGCAAAUUAUUUGCUUCAGCGGGUGUUCAUGGACUACCAGGACUGGAGUAUUCCGGAGUUUUGGCCUCAGCUUGAUGGGAAAAGCGGGGGAAAAGAGAAUUAUAAGGAUUCUACUGUCCAGGAAUCGGGUCGCCUUGAUAGCGCUAAGGAUGACAAGGUGUGCGACAAACCAGAUGAUAGAGCAGUCUGCGAGAGUGGGGAAAUAAAUAGUGACAAGGUUAAAGAAGGGGAGAUUAGGGACCAUGGAAAAUAUGAUGAUAAUUGUGAAGAUUGCAAUAAGAGCGAAGAGAGCUGUGGCGAAGAUUGCAAACCAAGCGAUGGAGGUCACGACGAAAGCCAGGAAACUGACAAGGAUGCCGAUGACCAUGAGAUGGUGAUCUUAAAUUCUUUGGACCUGGACAUCCGCAAUUACCAAACAGACGACUGGUUAGUCUACUGGUACCAAAGACUAUACGAUAUCGAUCUCCCAGACAAAAAACACGGAAUCAGUAUCGCCAGGACAAUGGAGCGAGAUCACCCGCACAAGUGCCACGCAUGGGCUCUGGCAGAUGUGAGCUUAUGUGGUCACGAUCGCCCCUCGACUGCUGAGCUCAUAGCUCUAGUUAGCUGGGGGUUGAGAGGCAUGUCACGCCAAAUAGAAUUACUCGCCAAUGGAAUCGAGCCAGAGGAUGUCCAUAUGCUCAGUGAGGUUUUCCCGGUACGUUUGAUUCACUCCCACCACCCCGUUGUGCAAAAUGAAUUAUACUGA